AUGGCGCUUUCAACCCCCAGGAUUACUACAUGUAGUUUUAGAAGACUGGCAUGCUUCAGUUUUCUCGUUGCUGUCAGGACGACGACUGCAUUCCUUCCCUCUUCGCCCCGAUGUCCCAAGACUCCCACUCAGCUCCAAGAGUCCGAAACCAACAACCGAUCCAAAAACAAGCCAAUGCUCAACUUUAUGGAUAAACCCGUAGUGAACUCAGUGGGAGACAACCCAAGACCCGAAAGCGUCCCAAUCCAGGAUGAUCCCAGUGCUGAGCUUGUUCGCGCCAUUGCAAAGGCUGCGGAUGGAAGAAAGGCGGAAAAUAUUGUCGCCCUUCGAGUGUCUCCUGUCAGCACCAUGGCUUCCUUCCUCAUUAUACUGAGUGGAAACUCACGUCCUCAGAACCAAGCCAUUGCUGCCGCCAUUAGAAAGGAUGUACAGGAACAAUUCGAAAUGCUACCCAUGGGAAAUGGAGUACCAGAAGGAUCUGCAGAAAGUGGAUGGAUGCUACUGGAUUAUGGAGAAGUCAUGGUGCAUGUCAUGACACCCAAGUCAAGGCUCUAUUACAACAUUGAGGGACAGUGGAGAGACAAAGGAGGCGUAGAAAUGGACCUCUCAGAUGUCAUUUUGCCAAACGUUGUCGAGUCGUCUGCUGUCAUGGAAGGGACCAUGGACAUUGAGGAUGAACAAGAUGACCCCUUCUGGUCCUAG